GACAUCAUAGGGAGAAUCGAAUCGACAGAUUAGGGUUUUAAGAGAGAGAGGAAGAUGUGGCUCUAUCCACUCUCGAUGCCGAUGGUGACGGUUGAAGACGAAGGCCGUCAUGGAAGGUCGCGACAUGUGGACGACGGCUCUCACGUGGAAGGUCGGCACUUGUGGGCGACGCCGAUGGUGACGGUUGAAGACGAAGGUGGCCACCUGUAGACAUUUGGGGCUACAAACCACCCAAAUACUCGAAAAGUGGCUCAAUCCUCUCUCGAUUAUUGGAAUAACAAGUUUGAUUUGUCUUACAAACUUGUGAGGGUUGUUGGCGCCACUUGGACUUUCCUUAGCCCUUUCUGGAGCAAGUAUCUUAUUUCCAUGGAAAUAGCAAAUUCUGAAGAAGACGAAGAAGAUAAGCCCACGAAAUACUUUGUGAGGACUUACGAGCGUUUUGUAAUGGGAGCCGACUCUAACGAACUCAAGUUCCACAUUUGCGUGCCUUGGUAUACUUUUGUUUUGAGAACACCUAAGCCGCGUCAUGGAGAGUGGAUGGAGACCAUUGACUUGACUUUUCACUCGUACGUGAAUGACGCAUUGGAGAAAGCCCUGCCAGAGGAGCUAGUGAAAUCUUUGAAGGAGGAGGAGGGAUCAUUGAAGGCGGGAUCAAUCCGGGUUGAGGUGGAUGUGGAAGAGUUGGAUCUAGAAGAAAUAGAUUACGAAAAGCUAAAGCUGAAGAAAAUUUCUUUCGUGUUGGAAGAGCAGGUUAGUGCAAUGAAAGAUUUUAAGGGGAAGAGAGGAUUGGAUUUGGAGGGAUCAAUCAUCUGGGUAGAUAUGGAAGAGGUGGAUCUAGAAGAAGUAGAUUAUGAAGGGCUAAAGCAGAAAAUUUCUUUGGUGUUGAAAGAGCGGAUUAUAACAAUGAAAGAUUUGAAGGAGCAGAGAGCAAGGGAGCUACAUCCAAGAGCAAUAGCUCGGAAAGAGCUACGGGAGAAAUGCUCUCGCAUGUUUACAGAAUUCCAAGAGAAGAUGGUGACAAAUACCUGCUAGUGGUUGGAUGACAUUAACCUGCAAAACCAGAUAAAUGUGUACAAUCUGCUUUAAGUUUAAAUUGAUAGCUUUUGGUCCUUUAAAUAACUUGGUCAAACUAAAAACUAACAUGUUACCGCUUCAUUAGGACUAAAUUACGUCAAUUUAAGUUAGGUAGGGACUAAAAUCGAUCACUUGGGGUCUUAGAAUUAAUUUUAAUUUCAGGGACUAAAUAAAAUCGCUCAAUGAGCCAAAGUUUAGGAACUAACUUUGAAGUUGAAUUACCAUCUUUGUUUUUGUUGGUAGUGGUCUUAUACAUUCAUUUACAACUUUUUAGCUUUUA